AAAAGGAGGAGAGACUUUUGACCAAUCAGCGCCAGCUUCCCUGCUCCUCAUCUCUCCCUGUUAAUACAAUGGGAAAGGUGAGCGGCAGCCCAGAUUGUAGCGAUUAAAGGAGUUAUACAUUCACUUCCCAACGUCGGCGGUGGACUCACAGAGAAAGCAACCGGCGGAAGAAGCGAGUAGGUACCCGAGAAGUUCAUCGUUAUCAUGUUAAGUUUCCGACAAUGUCAGUGAGUGUUUCUGUCAACCUGUUUGCUCAGCUAACCACAGACGUCAAUAAGUUGGCUAAUUUGACUGCAUGUUACCUGAGCCUGCAGCUGUGGGGGAAACCGGGUAGAGGCGAGACGAUGAAUUAAUUUCAAACCACGUUGUUGUUGAGCUUGAAGCUGUGUGUCAGCUCAUGAGUGACUCUCCGUCUGUCACAGUGUUUUCAUUAAACCAGCCGGGGGAAGCUAGCUCAGUGUUAGCUGUUUUUCCAAUGCGUGUCUGCGGCAUCAUGUGAGAGUGAUUGCGGUUGUCAGAGAGGGUUUGCUUUGUCUCUCACUGAAAAUACUGUGUGGAGGUAUUAGGAGCAGCAGCAUUGUAUGUGUCCCUCAUUCUCGUUUUUGAUUAUUGUGAUUUUUUCUGUCUGACAUGGAUUUAUUUUGUCAAAUUCAACUUUCCUCUUAUUCUAGGAUGGAGCAUGACAGUGUCCUCAGGUCUCGCUCCAGAGCUACUCCUCAGAUGCCCACCUUUCCUGAUCUUGAUAGCUCUCUGGAAGGGGAAAAUAAUGAGGAAGAACAUAGACAGAGAAAUGGGGACGCUCAUCUCACCAGCAAUGGUAAGAAAAUCCCUAUUUCCUCAUCAGCAGAGCCCAGACAGAGGACAAUGACCUCUUGUGACAAAUAAGCUGCAGAUUCAGUUUAUACUAAAUUUAGUCUUUACCACCCUUUUCAGGUUAUAUUAUAUACAGUAAUAUAAAAACUUAGUUUGUUAUAUCUUUGAAAUCCACACUGCUCUCACGAUUACCCUCCAAUUUCAAACUAAAUCAAAUGAAUGCCUUUAUUUGAUCACGCUCCACGCUCCUGUUUCUUUGAGCAAUUAUGAAUUCAAGCAGAUGUGCUACAUACUAAUGAACAAAGACCAACAAUUAUUAUAAUUAUGAUGUUUUUAAACUUUAAGGUAGAAAUACAAAAAACUUUAAAAGGCUCUUUAAAGUAUGCCUUGAUAUCUUCAAAUUGGUAAAGGAUACAUGUCCUAUAACAAAGAUUACCAAAAGUAUAGUGGAAAUUCUUGACGCUCAGAAAACAUCCUAGUAGACAUGUGAAAGAAUCUGCAUUUCUACAACAACAUGCGUGCCGGCUUUAGCUUCUCAAAGAACGUGAUUUUAUUAUCCGUGACAUGCAAACCAAUGAAAGCAUGUCCCGGUUGAUGCAUGUUGUGCGAUGUAAGGAGAACAGCUGUGGUUCACCUGGUUGUGAGUGAUCCAUACUUCAAACCUUGCUUCUUUUUUUCAGAAAAGGAGCUGAAAAGAUUAUUUAAAGGACAGCUUGACAUGUCUCUGGACUAGACGUCUUGUCUGAUGUCUAUCUAUGUAAAGUACUGAAAUUUGAACCUGAAAAAAGUGAAGACAUAAUGCUGACCAAACUGCUAUCCUGUCAUUAAUCUGUUUUAUUAACUUCUUCAGUCCAACAUCUGACUAGAUGGGUGGUUUGUUACUGCCCCUUGUGCGUCUGUAUGACCUCAUUAACUUUCCGAUCUUCAUCAUGAGACAUCUGGCUCUGCUGAUAACCUACAGUGACCCUGUAAUCAAUCAUCUGAGUUUGCUCAGCUUUGUGGACAAUAGAGUUUAAUUGCUACUCGGUGUCAGAGGUGUGUCUUUUUUUUUUUUCGCUGUUGCAAUCGUGGAUUUCACCAUUAACUUCUGCUAUUUCCUAGAUUAUUUUUACAGGGCUCUCUCUGAACCUUGUCAAAUAUUCUUCCUUAGUGUAUUAACCGCUGUCAAAAAUGAAAGGUUUACAUUGUAGGUUUUCUCAUUUAUUAAAAAAUAUAUAAUGAAACAUAACAGCAUGAAUUGAUGUCAAUAUCUAUCAGUUCAAAGUCCUGUUCAAUCACGGCGGACAGGCAACUCUGUUUGCUUUGUUUCUAAUUUAGGUGUGUCAACACUUAUUUGCAUCAUUAUUUAAUGGUGGAUGAUGGUCAGUGUAUUAACUUUUGUUAAAUAAUUUUUUUAAUUGUACACUCUGUUUGAAAUUACAGGUAAAAUUGAAGUGGAGCAGGUGAUCAGCAAAAAGCUACAGCUCAAAAGGAAAGCAGAGGUUAGUACGUCUUGUGAUUCAGAAAAAGGCAGAAUUGAGCAACUCUUGAAAAGAGGAAAUGGUAUCAAAUUCAACUGACAUGAAGUUUCAAUACAAGUGAUCUUAGAGUCACACAUACACAAUUCAAAAUAUAACAUAGUGUCUGUGUUUGUAAUGUUUUUGUUCAUUUUAGUACCUUUUGAAAUCAAUUUUCGUAUCGGGUUUAUAUUAUUAUGAUCCUCUGCUACACAAAAUUCUUUUUUUUUCAUAAUUUUUAUGAUGUAAAUAUCAGAUGAGGUAUAAAAUGAGGUGUUUUACUUGUUCUUCUCCGUAAGAUAUUCUUACAGUCUUUAACCUAUGACGCAUUUGGUGCUUUCAAGUUGUCUCCUAAAGCCUACAGGCUUCUCUUAAAAUAAGCAGUGCCUUCUGUGUAUUAUAAAAUUAUUGUUUUAUAUAAAUCACACCGUCAAAAGACACGUCACAAUACCAACACACAGCUGCAUAGAAACGUUUUUUUGGAUUGGUCUUCAUAGAAAAAUGUGAUUAUACUGUUCCAGUGGUGCAAAUGUAUUCUUCAUUACAAGGCCAUGUAUGCUGGCCAAUGUGUAAAAAUGUUUGUCAGUCAAUACAAUUUAUUUAUUUAUUUGUUUGUUUGUUUGUUCGAAGUCUCACACGCUGGUCAAUGCUUAAAAACUAGUUAUUUUCAAGAAUAAAUCCUCUUUAAACAAAUGAAUACAACACUCCUCUAAGGUGAUGAUGCCUCAGUGGGCUUUUCCAGAAAACCUUUUUUCUGUUUUCUUUGGGACUUUUUCCCAAUAGCAGUGCAACUAACUAUGGAUCUCCACUGCCUAACACAAACAUAUUUGCUUGACCAUGUUUUUAUUCAAAAUAUUUUAAAUGUUUUGACAUUUUCUGGUACUCUAAUAUCAAAACUCAUAGGUUUUUUUUUUGUUGUUGUUGUUGUCCUUUUUUUCUCAGUACCUGAAGAGUGACCUGAUACGUCAGUUUGACAACCAGGUCAAUGACUUCAUGGACAGUCUUAUUGAGGAGUCGGCCAGCCUGGAGUCUGCACCUCUACCUGCUGUCUUUUCACCUCGGCUGUCAGAUAAAGAGAGGAGCAAACUCAGGUGCUGCCUUACAGCUUCUCUAAUCUAUCAAAGUUUAUGCAUUAGUAAGUUGCAGAUUAUAUAAGACACGUGGAUUUGAGCUAAUGUGAGCAAACUUUCUCAAUCUUCGUACUUUCAUACAAAAUGAAAUUUACUAGUCACUCACUUUCUGUUUUUUUUUUUCUUUUUUUUUUUCCCUUAAGGCAAUUUCGGCCUCCUCAUGGCCAGGGCAAACAGUUCGUCAGUCGCAGGUCCCUCUUAGAGUAAGUGUGCGCAUUGAUAUGAAUGAGGUGUAAAUAGUACGACAUGACAGCAUAAGUGCAUUACAGCAUUUAUGGAUUGCAGUGCGCUUUUUUGAGAAUUUAUUAAUUAAAUUUAUAUAUAUGUAUAAUUUUUUUUCAGUGAGCUGUUCGAGGUUAACCACAUCAGGACCAUUUACCACAUGUUCAUCGCGCUUCUCAUUCUUUUCAUCCUCAGUACAUUGGUGGUAGAUUUCAUUGAUGAAGGCAGGUAAUGUGGAGGAUUGCUGUAAAUAAACCUUGAUUUAAUUGGCUUUUAAGUUAAGUCACAAAGUUAACAUCUUUUUUCUGUCCAGCUUUUGUUGAUACUGUUACUGUCUCAGAGAUGUACUGUGUCUAUUUUGCUGCAGGUUGGUGCUGGACUUUGACCUGCUAGUCUAUGCAUUUGGACAGUUCCCUCUGGUGGUGUGCACAUGGAUUUGCAUGUUUCUGUCUGUGUUGGUGGUUCCCUACUCCCUGUUCCACCUCUGGUCACAGACUCAGUCUGGGACUUUAAGUCAUCCCUGGUUGUACAGUUUUCUGUUCGGCUCUGUAUACCUGCUCUACCAGGGUCUGGGUCUGGGAUUCCUGCCUACGUAUGUGGCAGUGACUAACAGUUUGCCACCUGCAUCCAGCUUCAUCAUCAUCCUGGAACAGGUAGAUCACUCAGUAUGGCUCUGUGAAAUUACACCACCACAACAAUAUUGAAGAAAAGAUGAAUCAUACAUACUGAGAGAUGAAUCGCUGUGGUGAGAGCGCCGUUUUCUAACGUGUCUAUUUCUAGGUGCGUCUGAUGAUGAAAGCCCACUCCUUUGUCAGAGAGAAUGUACCAAGAGUCCAGACCUGGGCAAAAGAAAAGACCAGUAUGUAACUCAUAAGAUGCAUUCAGUGAUUUUCAUCCUUGUUUUACCUCUCUGUUCAUUUGUUUUGACAUUUUCUUUUCAUUGCCACUAACUUCUGUCUUUUCACGAUGUCUUUGUUUAUCUCUAGGCCCCAGCCCUGUGGUCCCUCAGGUGUCUCAGUAUCUCUACUUUCUGUUUGCACCCACACUCAUCUACAGAGACAAAUACCCCAGGUAAACAGACCUACUGUAACUAUCGCUUGUUUAUUGUGUUAUAUAGUAGUUCUUGUGUUUAAUGAAACAUUGUUUCUCCCUUAAUGCAGAAAUCCAGUGAUAAGGUGGAGCUACGUGGCUACAAAGUUGCUCCAGGUACCAACUUAAUUAGACAUACUUCAAUAUGAAAGGAAAAGAUGUAAGUUUGUUGCACUCAUAAUUUAAACAAUUCCCACCGAACAGGUCCUGGGCAGCCUGUUUUAUGCCUAUUAUGUGUUCGUACGGCUCUGCAUCCCUCAGUUCCACAGCAUCAGUCUGCAGCUGUUUGACCUUAAGGCCAUGGUCCUCUGUGUCUUUAACUCCAUCUUGCCUGGUAAGAUUUACCCAUUUUACAGCUACCCUUCCAUACUCCCCUUGAGUACAAGUUCACUCUAAAUGAGACACAUAAGCAUACUUUUUAAGAUAGGAAAUGUUCUUUUCUCUUUGCAGGGGUGCUGGUUCUCUUCCUGGGAUUCUUUGCCUUCCUCCACUGUUGGCUUAAUGCUUUUGCUGAGAUGCUCCGCUUUGCUGACAGGAUGUUUUAUAAGGUACUCGUGCUGUCACUGGUUGCUCCAGUUACAUUUGAAUAAGGUUGAAAUAUGACACUGAAUAAUUACAUGAUUUUAAUUUAACAUCACAGGAUUGGUGGAAUUCAACUUCUUUUGCCAAUUAUUAUCGCACUUGGAAUGUAGUGGUCCAUGACUGGCUGUAUUAUUAUGUGUACAGGGACUUCCUGUGGGUGAGUGAACAUCGGUGUGAAAAGCCAUUUAUAAAUAAAUUUAACAUAUUUUCCAAUUUAUGACUGAUUAAAAAAACAAACAUGGAUCAUAUGAACUUGUCUGUUUUUCUGUUGUUGUCUUUCCAGAUUUCUCAGAAACGUUUCAGACCAGCAGCCAUGCUGUUUGUGUUUACAGUGUCUGCAGUGGUCCAUGAGUACAUUCUUGCAGUCUGCUUUGGCUUCUUCUAUCCUGUGCUCUUCUGCCUCUUUAUGUGCUUUGGAAGUAAGACGAAAGACAUUAGUGCUCCCAGAACAGACAAAAAUGUACUGGCCCUUCUCAGAAUGUUCGAUUUUUCAUCUACUUCCUUUCUUACAGUGAUGUUUAACUUCAUUCUGCAUGACCAGAGGAAAGGUCCCAUCUGGAACAUCAUCAUGUGGACAUCCCUUUUCCUGGGUCAGGGAGUUAUUAUCUGUCUGUACUCACAGGAGUGGUAUGCCCAGCGCUACUGCCCCUUGAAAGAGGUAGCAUCUCAAGUUUGUUUGGUUGUUUUUGUGUCAACACAAAGCUUAGAUUCAAAAUAAUUUUAAUGAUAUUCUUGUGAUGACAUCCUUUAUUUCAGGCUUCUUUCUUUGAGUUACUGAAACCUCGCUCCUGGAGCUGUGUGAGAAGCCCUGUGUUGGACUCGGACAGGCUGUGAUCUGCAUUAAGACUACCUGCUCGGGCCAUAACUGAUCAGUACACAUUUGACCAGACUUUCUGUUGCCUUUCAUAACAUCUGGUCUUUCAUGUUUGUUUUAUUUAAUUGCACUUGGGCGUGAGACGUCCUUUACUCAAACAGCUGAGUCAAAGUGAUGUCAUGCUCACACAUUUGUUUUCAAAAAUAAUCUCGAUUGCAAGUUCACAUGAAACCAUAUGUGAACACUUUUAUGUUUAUGUGUUAUUUAUUUCUCAGAUGUAUUCCCUCAAUGCUUGGCUUUAUCAACUAUGACUACUCCUUGUGCCAAUAAUGAAAGGGGCAACCAUGACAUGGCAGCUGAAUACAAACAUUUACAAUGAAGGAACAGUUUUAAUAUUUAAAAACUGUCACAAUUACUACACACAGAAAAUUAGAUAGUUAAGACUCUCGAGUUCUGUUCACUGCCAAUAACAUUUAUUUAGUAAAAAGGUUUGUAUAACCAUUUAAGAAGCUGUGGCCUCAGCUCAACACUGAGGCGAGAAAGAAGAGUUGCACUUGUUGUGGUGAUGCAGUAGGGAAAUUAUUUUAUGGGAAUCUGAAAUUUUGAGUAGUUAUUUUUUUUUUACAGUGCUUAAUGGCUUGGAAAAAAAUACUUUCCAAACCCCCAAGUGUAUACUUACUUUUCCCUUUAUCUCCAGCUGCAAGAAUGUUGGGUAUUCAUUGUAAGUCAUGACACUGAACUCUAUUUCGAUAGGGAAAAUAGAGAAGGUUAUCAUGCUGAGUGAAAUUAAUAUAUUGUGUGUUUGAUAUGUCUUCAUGAUUUUUUUUUUCAGUUGACACAUUUCAAGUUUGGACAUGCUUUAUUUUGUUUUCCUUACCAUUGUGGUGCGUUAACUAUUAAUAUAAAGGUGAAGUCACUACGGAAUAAUAACUGAUACUUUUGCAGCUGGCUGCUUAAAUGUUAUAACAUUGAAAUUAUACUUGAUUAGCAAUAAGGGCUACAGUCUGAAGAGUACAUUACACAAGACAGUAUUUGGUUUAAAUCACACAAAGUUCCUUGAAAAAAGAAAUCUAUAUUUUGUCAUACAAGUGGAAAAAGGAAUGUGUAUGUUUUGUGUGUUUAUGGAUCCUGUGAUCUUUGAAUACUGUGUUUACACAUUUGUGUAUUAUUGAGGUAAUAAUAUCAAAGCUAAUGCACUGUCAAUGUUGCCAAUUCUGAUCUAUUGCAGUGCUGAGAGGAUGCAUUUAUUUGGUAAUCAUGAGAUGCACAGCACAACACUAAAACCAGCAAUGGAGAACAUUUCCAAAAACUGUAUGACCACUGGGGGGCUCUGUAAUCAUAGUUUUUACUUCUGAUCCUCUCCCGGCUGAGUUAGGCUGUCAGAAGCAGGGGAGACUUUCAGCCUGUGUCUCUCAUAGGCUUUAUAUUGAGAAACAUAAUUACCAGCAACCUAACUUAGUUUUUAGUUGUACAGUAAACAGCAUAGCUAAUGGGGUACUUUGUGGAAGUGAGAAUGCCUAUGGUUUGAAUUAUCCUUGGUUGUCUUGGAGACGUUGCUAAUGAGGAUAUUUAUAAAGUGAAAAGAGUCGAGCAGCAGAAAUGCUGCUGUAUUUGAAUGAAAUAUUUAUUUUGGGAGAAGAUUUUCCUACUUAGUCACAUUUUUGUGUUCACUGGAAUGUUUUUUUCUGGCCAUGGAAGUCUGAUUGUGUCAGGUGACAAUUUUACAAGUUUGUAUAUUUUGGGUCAAAGACAAAUGCUUAAUGUAUUCUUUAUCGACACAUAUACUAUGAAGAAUAAAAGAAGUAUGAAAUAUGAA